UAAUGGCAAUGUCUUGCAAGGAUAAGUUAGGAUGUUUGGAUAAUGGGAAGUAUGUGAGAUACACACCUGAACAAGUUGAAGCACUUGAGAGGCUUUAUCAUGAAUGUCCUAAACCGAGUUCUAUUCGCCGUCAGCAGUUGAUCAGAGAGUGCCCUAUUCUCUCUAACAUUGAGCCUAAACAGAUCAAAGUGUGGUUUCAGAACCGAAGAUGUAGAGAGAAACAAAGGAAAGAGGCUUCACGGCUUCAAGCUGUGAAUCGGAAGUUGACGGCAAUGAACAAGCUCUUGAUGGAGGAGAAUGAUAGGUUGCAGAAGCAAGUGUCACAGCUGGUCCAUGAAAACAGCUACUUCCGUCAACAUACUCAUAAUCCUUCACUUCCAGCCAAAGACACAAGCUGUGAAUCGGUGGUGACAAGUGGUCAGCACCAAUUGGCGUCUCAGAAUCCUCCAAGAGAUGCUAGUCCUGCAGGACUUUUGUCCAUUGCAGAAGAAACUUUAGCAGAGUUUCUUUCAAAGGCAACUGGAACCGCUGUUGAGUGGGUACAGAUGCCUGGAAUGAAGCCUGGUCCGGAUUCCAUUGGAAUCAUUGCUAUUUCUCAUGGUUGCACUGGUGUGGCAGCACGCGCCUGUGGCCUAGUGGGUCUUGAGCCUACAAGGGUUGCAGAGAUCGUCAAGGAUCGUCCUUCGUGGUUCCGCGAAUGUCGAGCUGUUGAUGUUAUGAAUGUGUUGCCAACCGCCAAUGGUGGAACCAUUGAGCUGCUUUACGUGCAGCUCUAUGCACCAACUACGCUGGCCCCACCACGCGAUUUCUGGCUGUUGCGUUACACCUCUGUAUUAGAAGAUGGCAGCCUUGUGGUGUGUGAGAGAUCUCUUAAGAGCACUCAGAAUGGUCCUAGUAUGCCACUGGUUCAGAAUUUUGUUAGAGCAGAGAUGCUUCCCAGUGGGUACUUGAUACGGCCUUGUGAUGGUGGUGGCUCAAUCAUACACAUAGUGGAUCAUAUGGAUUUGGAGGCUUGUAGCGUGCCUGAGGUCUUGCGCCCGCUCUAUGAGUCACCAAAAGUACUUGCACAGAAGACAACAAUGGCAGCACUGCGUCAACUCAAGCAAAUAGCACAAGAAGUUACUCAGACUAAUAGUAGUGUUAAUGGGUGGGGACGGCGUCCGGCUGCCUUAAGAGCUCUCAGUCAGAGGCUAAGCAGAGGUUUUAAUGAAGCUGUUAACGGUUUCACUGAUGAAGGAUGGUCAGUGAUAGGAGAUAGCAUGGAUGAUGUCACAAUCACUGUUAACUCUUCUCCAGACAAGCUAAUGGGUUUAAAUCUUACAUUUUCCAAUGGCUUUGCUCCUGUAAGCAGUGUUGUUUUAUGCGCAAAAGCAUCAAUGCUUUUACAGAAUGUUCCUCCAGCGAUCCUGCUGCGGUUUCUGAGGGAGCAUAGAUCAGAAUGGGCUGACAACAACAUUGAUGCGUAUUUAGCUGCAGCAGUUAAAGUGGGGCCUUGUAGUGCCCGAGUUGGAGGAUUUGGAGGGCAAGUUAUACUUCCACUUGCUCAUACUAUAGAGCAUGAAGAGUUCAUGGAAGUCAUCAAAUUGGAAGGUCUUGGUCAUUCCCCUGAAGAUGCAAUUGUUCCAAGAGAUAUCUUCCUGCUUCAACUUUGUAGUGGAAUGGAUGAAAGUGCUGUAGGAACCUGUGCUGAACUUAUAUUUGCUCCAAUCGACGCUUCUUUUGCUGAUGAUGCACCUCUGCUUCCUUCUGGUUUUCGUAUCAUCCCUCUUGACUCCGCUAAGGAAGUAUCUAGUCCAAACCGAACCUUGGAUCUUGCUUCGGCACUGGAAAUUGGUUCAGCUGGAACAAAAGCCUCAACUGAUCAAUCAGGAAACUCGACAUGUGCAAGAUCUGUGAUGACAAUAGCGUUUGAGUUUGGUAUCGAGAGCCAUAUGCAAGAACAUGUAGCAUCCAUGGCUAGGCAGUAUGUUCGAGGUAUCAUAUCAUCGGUGCAGAGAGUAGCAUUGGCUCUUUCUCCUUCUCAUAUCAGUUCACAAGUUGGUCUACGCACUCCUUUGGGUACUCCUGAAGCCCAAACACUUUCUCGUUGGAUCUGCCAGAGUUACAGGGGUUACAUGGGUGUUGAGCUACUUAAAUCAAACAGCGAAGGCAAUGAAUCUGUUCUUAAGAAUCUUUGGCAUCACACUGAUGCUAUAAUCUGCUGCUCAAUGAAGGCCUUGCCCGUCUUCACAUUUGCAAACCAGGCAGGACUUGACAUGCUGGAGACUACAUUAGUUGCUCUUCAAGACAUCUCUUUAGAGAAGAUAUUUGAUGACAAUGGAAGAAAGACUCUUUGCUCUGAGUUCCCACAGAUCAUGCAACAGGGUUUUGCCUGCCUUCAAGGUGGGAUAUGCCUGUCAAGCAUGGGGAGACCAGUUUCGUAUGAAAGAGCAGUUGCUUGGAAAGUACUGAAUGAAGAAGAGAAUGCUCAUUGCAUCUGCUUUGUCUUCAUCAAUUGGUCCUUUGUUUGAGAUUUGCUGUAUUACUCUUGUUUUUUCAGACGAAGCUUUUGCCUUUUGGCUGUAUUCUUGUUCUUCUUGAUGUUGCUGUGAACACAUAAAACAGUGUUUUGUUUGAAAACUCAAGAAUUAUUUGCUUUGUUGUAAUUUGAUUAUGAGUGAUGGAUGAUGAUGAUGAUCUUUUCCUUUUCUA